AUGUCCGAUAGACCCUCACACCGAGGUGGCCGCGGCCAAGGAUCACAUCCUCGAGGUGGACGCGGAGGCGGUCGCGGAGGAGGCGCGGGAGGCGCUCAGCAGGAGCGCGAGAGACCCAAGAAGGAGAACAUCCUUGACUUGGGCAAGUACAUGGAUAAGCAGAUCACCGUCAAGUUUAACGGUGGCCGUGAGGUCAAGGGCACGCUGAAGGGCUAUGACGCUCUCAUGAACCUGGUUCUAGAUGAUGUGCAUGAGGUUGUUCGAGACGACGAAGGCAACGAGUCUACUCGAUCCCUCGGUCUUGUCGUUGUACGAGGCACCCUCCUUGUUCUUGUCAGCCCCGUCGACGGCAGUGAAGAAAUUGCCAACCCUUUUGUCCAACCCGAGGAUGACUGA